AUGGCAGUUGCAACGGCCACAUCCUCGACGAUUGAAUUGCGCCACCAGGGCGAUUCUACCCCGACCUCGCUCCAGUGCAAUGACCGACAGGCCACGCCGCCGCCCGAGGAGGACGGGCUGGACGUAGAUGGGAGACAGGAGUUUUCGCUGCCGCCCGUGGACGGGGGCAAGGACGCAUGGUUCUUCCUGGCCGCCUGCUUCUUCGUCGAGGCCCUGACGUGGGGCUUCCCGUUCUCGUUUGGCGUCUUCCAGGACUACUACAGCACGCACGAGCCGUUUGCGGGAUCAGAGCAAAUCCCCAUCAUCGGCACCUGUGCCAUGGGCAUCAUGUACCUCGACAUCCCCCUCGUCAUGGGCAUCCAGAGAAUGUACCCCUGGUUCAGCAGGUGGUCGCCCAUGAUAGGCCUCGUGCUGAUGUGCGUCUCGCUGGCGGCCAGCUCCUUCUCUCAAAACGUCGGCCACCUCAUCGUCACGCAGGGCGUCUUCUACGCCAUCGGCGGCUCCAUCUCCUACUGCCCGUGCCUGCUGUACAUGGACGAGUGGUUCGCCCGGCGCAAGGGCCUCGCCUACGGCAUCAUGUGGUCGGGCACGGGGCUGGCCGGCUUCUCGCUGCCCCUGAUCCUCGAGGUCUUCCUGCGCCGGUACGGCUUCCGCACGACGCUGCGCAUCUGGGCCGUCGCGCUGCUCGUCCUGACCAUGCCGCUCGCCUUCUUCAUCAAGCCCCGGCUGCCGCGCGCCGCCACGACGCACAUCAAGCCCUUCAAGCUGGGGUUUGCGCUGACAAAGACGUUUAUGCUGCAUCAGGUUGCCAACACCGUCCAGGGGCUGGGCUUCUUCCUGCCGGGCAUCUAUCUGCCCACGUAUGCGAGAUCCAUCGGCGCGAGCAGCUUUACCUCUGCCUUGACGCUGCUGCUCGUCAAUGUUGCCUCGACAGUUGGCUGUGCCGUCAUGGGCUCCCUGACUGAUCAUUUACAUGUGACUACGUGUCUGAUGAUAUCGGCCGCCGGCGCGGGACUGGGUACGUUUUUGUUGUGGGGGUUCGCCACCUCCAUCCCGGUCCUGUUUGUAUUCUGCAUUAUCUACGGUCUGUUUGCGGGCCCGUACACGUCGGCUUGGACGGGCAUAAUGAAGGACGUUGCUACCGAGAUGGGCACCUACCGCGGCACCAGCGGGGGAAGCUCGUUUGACCCAACCAUGGUUAUUGGUGUCCUCUCCACGGGGAGAGGAAUCGGGAACAUCGUUUCGGGCCCCUUAAGCCAGGUCUUGGUCAAGGGCAUGCCGUGGAAGGGAGAGGCCCUGGGCGGUUACGGAACCGGCUACGGCCCUUUGAUUGCAUUUACGGGCGUAACGGCGGUUUUGAGCGGUGCGACAUUUGUAUGGCACCGCGUGGGAUGGAUGUAG